UGUGUGUGUGUAUGUGUGGGGAGGCGAACGAUGUGAGGGAAGAAACGAGCGCGCGCACGGACGAGCCAGCGCGCGUGCGCGCGGCCCUCUCCCCCUCCUUCCCUUGACCUAACACCCCCGCUCCCCUUCCUCACUCCCCUCCCGCCCACGCACCCCGCGCGUGCGCGUAGCCCCUUCUCUGGGGGAGGAGCGGGGGGAGCGGGCGCGCUCGUGCCUGGCCUCGCCCCGCCCCUCCUCUUCCCUUCCCCCUCCAAGCCCCCCCUUUAUUUCAGGGCGCAUGAGAGAUGUCUGCCACUAGCGUUGACCCCCAGAGAGCGAAAGGACAGGAUAAUAAAGUGCAAAAUGGUUCUCUUCAUCAGAAGGAUACAGUUCAUGACAAUGAUUUUGAGCCUUAUCUUUCUGGACAGUCAAAUCAGAGCAACAGCUAUCCAUCAAUGACCGAUCCCUACUUGUCCAGUUAUUAUCCACCUUCUAUUAGCUUUCCCUACUCUCUGAGUGAAGCACCCUGGUCAACUGGAGGAGACCCUCCUAUCCCAUAUCUUACAACCUAUGGACAGCUGAGUAACGGUGAUCACCACUUCAUGCAUGAUGCUGUGUUUGGACAGCCUGGUGGAUUGGGGAACAACAUUUAUCCACACAGGUUUAAUUUUUUCCCUGAAAACCCACCUUUCUCAGCAUGGGGAACAAGUGGAUCUCAAGGGCAGCAGACCCAGAACUCAGCUUACGGAAGCAGCUACAGCUAUCCACCCAGCUCCCUUGGUGGUACUAUUGUGGAUGGGCAAACAGGAUUUCAUAAUGAUACCUUGAAUAAAGCACCUGGAAUGAAUAGUAUUGAGCAGGGAAUGGUUGGACUGAAGAUUGGUGGGGAUGUCACAACUUCUGCUGUGAAAACAGUAGGCUCUGUGGUAAACAGCGCUGGGAUGGCAGGUGCGUUGUCUGGCAACGGCGGAUCCAACCUAAACUUGCCAGUAUCUAAGCCAACAUCUUGGGCUGCUAUUGCUAGCAAACCUGCAAAACCUCAGCCCAAAAUGAAAGCAAAAAGUGGGCCUGUAAUAGGAGGGGCUCUGCCUCCGCCGCCAAUUAAGCAUAACAUGGACAUAGGUACUUGGGACAAUAAGGGCCCUGUGGCCAAAAUUCCAGCUCCUCAGCAGAUCCCUUCUCCUCAGUCAAUCCCACCGCCACAAAUUAUCCAGCCUAUUCCUGCCCAGCCGCCCCCAUUGACACAGCUGCCCUACCAGAACCCUCAGCCACCGCCACCUCAGAACAGAUGGGUGGCCCCUCGCAACCGAAACGCAGCUUUUGGCCAAAGUGUAGGAACAAGUAAUGAAAGCAAUUCACCUGGGAAUACCCCGGCAAACACCAUCCCUGGUGGUGAAUCCCACCCUGUUCUUGAAAAACUGAAAGCUGCGCACAGUUACAACCCUAAGGAUUUUGAAUGGAACCUUAAAAAUGGGCGUGUGUUCAUAAUAAAGAGUUAUUCUGAGGAUGAUAUUCAUCGUUCCAUCAAAUACUCCAUUUGGUGUAGCACAGAACAUGGCAACAAACGUUUGGACAGUGCUUUCCGCUCUAUGAAUAGUAAAGGCCCGGUCUAUUUACUCUUCAGUGUCAACGGCAGCGGACAUUUUUGUGGUGUGGCAGAAAUGAAAUCGUCAGUGGACUAUGGCACCAGUGCUGGUGUCUGGUCCCAGGACAAAUGGAAGGGGAAGUUUGAUGUCAAGUGGAUCUUUGUGAAAGAUGUUCCCAACAACCAGCUUCGACACAUCAGGCUGGAGAACAAUGACAACAAGCCAGUUACAAACUCCCGUGACACUCAGGAGGUGCCCUUAGAAAAAGCAAAGCAAGUGCUUAAAAUUAUUGCUAUGUACAAGCACACAACCUCCAUCUUUGAUGACUUUUCCCAUUAUGAAAAGCGCCAGGAGGAGGAAGAGGUGGUACGAAAGGAACGUCAGAAUCAAAAUAAACAAUAAGAAUAAGCAUAUAUGGUUUGCUAUAUAUACAUAUAUAUAUAUAUAUAUACACACACACACACACACUAGAACUGAUAUUAAAUUUGAUUAUGAAAAUUGAAUCUUUUUUAAAAAAUGCUCUGGUGCUGUGUAUUCUGGCAUCAGGAGACUAUAAAGCUUUCAGCUCCAAUAUCUCUUUUUUGCAGGGGAAAUUCAAAUCUUGCAUCUUUUAAAUACACUGUAGUGGAGGGUUGGUUUUUGUUUUGUUUUUCUUUGCCCAGCUGAAUAUGCAUUAAGUUGUAUCUUUUCUAUGUAAAAUGCUGUAGAAUCCAUUAAUAAAGAUGUUUCUUGUUUUUUAUUUUUUUUAAGUUGGUUAAACAAGUUCAUCUACAAUUGAAGAUUUUGAAAAUAUUAGCCUUUUCCAAAGACUUUUAAUUGCAGCACAAAUUAUGUUUCUAAUCUGAAAAGUCAUUGUUUUUAUAUUUAUGUACUACAUAUCCUCUUGUCUCACCAUCCCCACAAUUGUUUUGAUUCUUAUGGCAAGUAGAAACAGAAAUAUAUCAGUUUGUUUUGUAAUUUUGCUUGGAGAAAUAACCUGUGUCAAAAAUGUUGACAUUAAUACAGCAAGCUCAGGUUAUUUUAUGAAGUUCAGUUUUUAUCUGUUCUUUUCAUUAUUUUUGAAAAAUAUUUAAAGUAUACUUCUGCCUUACAGAAAAUCAAAAAGGCAUAAUUCACCGGGGUAAUUUCGCAUGAAAGAAGUAUAAAUGGGACUUAACACAAACACAAUUGUACAUUUUCAUCAUUUGCAGUUAUUUUUUGUGGAUAUUGCAUGAGAAAUAUUCCUCAUGGAUUGUACUUUACGUCUUAAAUUAUUUUGUCUAUAUUUGGUGAACAUUAGUGAACAUCUGCUUUGUAUCAUAUCCUGCGAGAAAAAGCUGAGAAGUUUCCUACCAUAAUUUUUUGCUUUAUCUGUAGCUUUUAAUCAUUUAAAUAUGUGUUCAACAUUGCAGGGGCUUGGGUAACGUGGCUUUUAAUUUCCCCCCUGCUUUUUAAUAUUAUUAAAUACAUUACUUUUAAUCUGCCCCUUUUUUUCACUCACCCCCUUGAGGAUGUCACUUAAGAUUUUAUACUAAUAAUGGUGAGCUUUAAUCUAGAAUCUUAGUUCAGACUCAUAUGAUGGAUUAUGCUUCAGAUGUUUAAAAUUGAUUGUGUGUGUGUGCCUAUUUUUUCUGUUGGAUGAGUAAAAACAACUGUUUUAAGAAAUGAAUUUUCUGUCAUGUUUUUGUGGAAUGAGGAAGCUGUCGAAGAACUGGCCACCAACCGGAGUUUCAAAAUUUAGCAUGAAUUCUUGGUGCUCAUGCCUGUUGCUCUAGCACAUUGAAUCUGCACGUGUUUAAUCGUAGAGGAUCUUUUACUUAUAUUAGAAAGCAGAUGUCUUCUGAAAAACAAUAUUUACGCAAGAGGACCUCCAAUUUAAAUGAAAGUUUAAGCUGUAUCAUUUAGACUUGUAUUUAGAACAUAUAGCUUUGUCUGUUACUUCUGAUGUAAGGAGUAAUGGAACAGCAUCAGAUUAACUUUUUCCUCUAGGAGAAUACAAGCCUUAAUAAAUAAUACCUACUUA